AUGGAUGCCCCAAUUGACAGAGACAUCAAACUUCAACGCGUUUCUGGCGAUCUGUUACAAGAUUUCAAAUCCAAACUCAUCCCACUGCUCUGGAAAUUAGAUACCAACAAUAAUGAGCGUCGAGUCCAUCGAUUGGCACAAGUUGCCAAAACGGAGAGACUGAUCAAUCUUCUGGAACCUUUUCAGGAAUGGCCACAACUUCUAGAUCCACAUUUGCAGGAAAUACUACCAAAACUGGUUGAUGCAUUCUUAGCAUAUCUGAAAGAACAUCGAGAACAAUACAUGCUCGCUCCGUUGUCAAGUUCGUCGGUGAAACAAGGCUCAAAAAAAGUUGGCGCCGUGUAUCCCCUUCCUCGAGCAAUCUGCAAGUUUCUGUAUACCCUGUGCAAAAUCCGUGGUGUCAAAGUUAUAAGUCGGUUUCUGAACAAUGAGCCAAAGUACCUGGAAGUUAUGCUGAAGGAAUUUAUUGACUGGGACAGCGGUGCAUCGGCCGGAGAAGAAAUCUCUACAGGAGAAGCGAGUAUAAAGGAUCAGCCCAAGUCGCUAAUCUGGGAGGAGAGAUAUGUAAUGCUUCUCUGGAUAUCACAUUUGCUCCUUGCGCCUUUCGAUCUGGCUUCAAUUUCUUCGGAUUCAUUACCUGUACCAUACGAUAAUCUCCCAGCGCUACCAGACCUGUCACCAGAUAUUCCGCAUGUGUCUCUGUCGAUUCUUUCGAUUUGUCUUAAGUAUGUUGUGCUUCCGAGCAAGGAGAGAGAGGCUGCAACUGUAUUGCUGGCAAGACUUGCUUUACGAAUAGACAUGCAGCGGCUUGGGCUCUUGAACUCCCUAAUACGAUGGGCGUUGGGUAUUCUGCGCCCGACGCCGGAAGGCAACGCGCCACCAGUAUACACCUGCAUCGGGGUACUUUCAUUCAUUUUUCGGCUUGGGGUGUCUGCGCGAGUGGCAGAUUUUUCUCCUUUCAUCGUACCGAUAUUCAAUGCGAUACUGCAAAUAUCGGAGGGAGAGUCAUCCGUUGCUCAGACUAUCAGGUCAUCCGCAUUCGCAAGAAAGGCUAUGAUAAAGAUUCUUCGGACUCUUACGACUAUUGUUCUCACGUUGGAAGACGGAGCUGGACCUGUUCAAAUUUCAGAAAAUACAUCAUCAAUGAUUCUAGAGAGUUCUAUUGAUCAUUUCCUCGUAUCGCUCGCUGAUAGGGAUACCCCUGUGCGCUUUGCCGCAAGCAAGGCUCUCAGUAUGAUUACCGUCAGACUCGACUCGAAUUUAGCCUCUGACGUUAUCGACACGGUCCUGGGUUCUCUGAAUGAAAAUAUCUUGUAUGAAAAGCAGGAUGGCACGUUGAUAACACCAUUAGAAGCUCGCGAUAUUGAAAUCAAGCUGCGGAAGCGCAACAUAAGUGCCGUGGACCCACAACGCUGGCAGGGACUUAUGCUUACUCUCGCACACCUACUAUUCUGGCGUUCUCCGCCAACUAUCCAACUUCCACAAGUACUUCAGUCCCUGGUAUCGGGGUUAGACUUUGAGCAGCGUUCAUCGACCGGAAGUUCUGUCGGAACCAGUGUUAGAGACGCCGCAUGUUUUGGAAUUUGGGGGUUAUCUAGGAAAUACACUACAAGCGAACUCCAGGACCUGGACGCUCAGGAAUUGAAAGUGACAACGAAUCAAGAGGGCGGGAGUGUAUUACAAGCACUCGCGAUAGAACUCGUUUGCGCUGCUUGUUUGGACCCCUCCGGUAAUAUUCGACGGGGCGCUUCCGCAGCAUUGCAAGAACUAAUUGGCCGGCACCCCGAUACGGUUGUCGAAGCCAUUCCCUUGGUCCAAGUUGUCGAUUAUCAUGCAGUGGCCCGAAGGUCAAGGGCGAUGAUUGAGGUCGCGAAGGGUGCUUCUGAUGUUGGAACUGUUUACUGGAGUCCCCUCGUAGAUGGCCUUCUACAGUGGAGGGGCAUUGGAUCUCUUGAUGCAGAAUCGCGAAGAAUAGCUUCCCAGGCGCUAGGAGGUUUGAGUCUUCAGGAAUCCUAUAAGAGCAUGAGUGUUGUGUUUGAGCGGCUUUUCCAGAAGCUAUCUACAACGCCAGUAAAUGCUGUUGAGGCCAGGCAUGGUAUAUUCUUAUCGCUUUCCGCUACUAUUGAUGCAUUCAUCAGGCAUAGAAGGGAUAGAGAUGGCGCAUAUUGUGCUUCCGCAUACGCCAAUAAAGUCAUGGCUGAAGUUGGAAGUCUGUGGAGAAGUGCCUUUGACUCAUCUAUGGCUCCUAAUGAGGAAGUUCUUACGAAUGCCUCCCUACGUCCGGAUCUUACAGCUGAAGCUGUGGCGCGCCUCAUUUCCUCUCUUGCUCGUGCUUGCUCCCCUGAUAAGCAGCAUGGUGAUAUACAUCCAUUACUCUCACCGCCACCUCUAAAGUUGCUUGAUAAAGUUACUGAAGUCCUGCUGUUAUGCGUGUGCCGAUCGGACGACAUUCCUAUUGAAGCAUCAUCAGAAGCGGCAUCAGACUUGUUCGUGCUACUUCCCGACUCCAAAAAGUUGGAAAUUGUUCAAAAGUGGUUCAAUGAUAUCCAUGCGAACUGGAAGAAGGUGACGGGGCGUGGACAAAUUGCCGCUUUAGGUGCGGUUUUUAAGAGGAUGCCGAAAUCUGGAGAGGGGAGAGGAUUUAUCAUUAAGGAACUCAUCGAGUGUACGGGGGUGGAAGAGGAAAUUGCCAAACGAUCAGCCGCAGUGAAAUGUCUUGCUAGUGGUGUUCUGCCCGAAAUUGAUGAGGUGGAGUCCCUUGCUAGACACCUUACAAAGUUUCUAAACGACUACACAACGGACAGGCGGGGAGACAUUGGAUCCUUUAUCAGACUCGAAGCGAUCCACGCUGUUAAUGUGAUUCUUGAAUCGAAGGUGACUCCUGGUUCCUCACCAUCUUACAUCAAAGACCUGAUGGCCUGCAUUGUGCGACUUGCAACCGAAAAACUCGACAAAGUUCGCUUUCAGGCAUGGAAAUGUCUACAAACCUUCUGGGAGACAUCCACGGAUUUACCUCCCUUAAGCAGAAAAUAUGAGCAUUUUAGCGAAGUCUCCUGUGCAGACUAUUUCCUACAGCUUUUCGACCUGCUGCAAGUUGAUUGGCUUCAUUAUCCACUCGCUAGAGGCAUGAUAACUUCCGCUUGCACUGGUGCUGAGGAGCUAGUUCGAUCCAUUCAUUUCGCGCUUCUACAAUAUGUUAAUAAUAAGAGUGAAGAGCAGAGGAAACUGAUAUCCGCGAAGCUUAUCGGGGACUGGAUAUCGAUAGUGGAGAGUGAUAACACUGAUGAUCGUUAUGCCAUUCCAGCUGUGGAAAUGAUUGCUUUUUUGCUUGACAAUUGCUUCUCCCAUAGCUCCUCUGAUCCAAACAUCGAUUACCGCAAAAUCUUCGUCUGUGUUCAAAAGUUCCAUUUUAAAUCAGCGAAUGUGUCCCGUAUCGAGGCUGCGAUAAAAAUAUAUGCUCUUCUUUGGAGAAUGGGUGUUAUUCGAAAUGACUCUAUGAAAAAGUUAACGGGCAUGCUGUUGCAUCCGUAUCCUAUGAUACGCACAAUUGCCGCGGACUGUUUGUAUCUGGAAACUCGUGUCGAGGAAAUGAAGGGCGAGGAUUGGUCGAGUCCUCCCAAGGAAUUGAAGGGAAAAGUUGAUGAUUUGCGAGUGGCUCUUGGUGUAACUUGA